AUGAUGGGAUAUUUCGCAUACACCAAUUUUACCUAUUCUGCUGGGAAAUCCGUUGACCUCGCAACGACCGUAUUUGGAGAAAUCCUUGUGCAUAAGUACCUUUCUCAGCUCUUUUCGAAUUAUUUUGGAUUUUCGAUCAUUUGGGACCACAGCUCACUUACUACUGAUGGAAAGCUGUGUUUAUUGAAUGUCACUUGUACCGGCUCAUCAAACCAAAAUCCGCCUUGCUCCUUCGACUUUUCCAUUGGCAAUCUUGUUGUCGAGCUCUCGCCGAGAAAAUUUCUUUUCGAAAAAUCGGGCAUCAUCAAGUCACUAGAUAUUGAUGGAGUCACAGGCACAAUCACUCAAGAUGGAUACUUUGAUUACUCUUCUGGAAUUCCGUACAAGUUUCCGUAUGCUCCCAAUUCGCUGUUUAUUGAGGAGCAUGUUCAUGUUUCGAAUUUAAAUCUUUUUUUUCAGUAUCCAGAGCCAUACAAGUCAUUUGAUCUCCUCAUUUUUGAAGCGCAGCUUCCACGACUCUCUUCUUAUAUGCUAAUGUAUGACAUUCUCCAAGCACACUACAUCAGGGGAGAAUACGAUGGCUCCCCUUUUGUGUAUGCCAUUCCGUCUGACCAAGAUGUUUCGUCGAAUUAUCACAUCAAUCGACCAGAUAAAGUCAAGUUUACCCCGCAAAACGAGUCUUUGCUUCAAUUUCGAAAGCUUUUAAUCGAAAAGGUCUCCAUUUCCCACUUUCGAGAACACACCUCAUCAACUGGAAUUUUCAAUCUCCUUUCAACUGGAGCAGUUGAUAUUAAUGCUGUCAUUAGUCUUCCAUGCCAUUUCAGUUUUGUUGAAAAAUCUCCGACACUCAUCGGAAACGCAUUGCCCGGAAGAGUCGAAGAGAUUCCGGACCAAGUAAUUUCGCCUUCAAUUACAAAGGUGCUUUUAGAAGACAAUUCAGAGGUCUUGUCCCUUGAAAAUAUGCUAGCAAAAAAGAUUUUCUCUUCCUCUAAAUACAGUUCGUUUGCAAACACUUUUGAUGGGGCUCAAAAUACCAUCCUAUCCUUCCCGGACCUUGAAAUUCGAAGAGGCGCCAAUCAAAAUUUAAUCGGAUUUUGGUUCCACGUUACGCUUCGAAACCUUUCUCUAGCAGACCAUUUCUUCAAUCAGCGAAGUCUUUCCAUGGGCGAAAAUUUAUUGCUCAGAUUUGUCGCGGAAUCUAGACGCCAUGUUCCGGUUUCAUUUUCCUUUGAAAUGAGCAAAACCGAAGAUUUUAGUGGAGUGUGGACACCAUAUAAUUCCGGACUGACCAGAUGUCUCAAGAAAAGCUUUACAUACGCCCUUACCAAGUACUUUGAAGCGGAGCGUAGUACAUUGUCUUUUUAUCUGAAAUUUGGAGCCUGGUCUGCCUCAUCCCUCCUUUCCAAGUCAUCAUUGAUCUUUUCACCGACCUCUUUAAUGCUAUCCUAG